AUGCCCCUCACCCCUUCAGCCCCCUGGUCACAGAGCCCCACCCUCUACCCACAGACCUCAGUGCUCACUGCCCCAGUUGACCGUGAGCCCCACCCAGAAGUCCCACCAGGGGUCCGUGAGUUCCUGUGCCAACUCCGGCCCGAGAGCGAGGAGCGGCGGCCGAAGCCACCGACCGCCUCAGAAUCGCAUCAGCGCGCGGGCGCGUGGGAGCACCGCCGGCGAGGCUCCGCGCCGUGUCCCGACGUCGUCUUCCUCCCUGACCUGCGGGGCCGACUGUCCUACCAGCAGCUGCCUUCGUCCACAGAGAGUCUUAAGAUUUUGCUGCGUCAGACAAGUGACCUGGGGUCCCUGAGAAGUAACAGCUCCCAAUUCUCCACAGUCAGGAAGACCAGCCACAGGCCUCACAGCACGAAUUCCUCAAAGCUCCAGGCCGGGCUCACCCACAGCUCCUCCGGAGAAGGCCCAGGCCUUCGAAAACGGUGUUGCCCUUUCCGCGUGCGUUUCGCGGACGAGACCCUACGGGACACAGCUCUCCGUUACUGGGAGCGCAGCUGUUCCAUCCGGCAGAGCCUCCUGGAGGGUGGGACAGCCCCCCAGCCCGUGGUGUCAGAGCAGGUGAUCCGGAGUGUUGGCCGAUGGCUAGAGAGUUUGCCGAGAGCCAUGUGCCCUGGGACCCGGCCGGAGAAGGCUCAUGGUGGCAGCUCUCCGUGGGAGCCGGACAGCCCCAACUGGCCUACCCAGGAACCACGGGGCCGCCUCCCUGAGAAGACCCCCGGGGGGAGCAGUGGCCUGCCCUGCAUCCCCAAGGAGGCCCCUCCGAGGCAGCAGGGGGAGCUUAAGACCCACCUGGAUGCCCCCAGCAUCCUGAAGCAGGUGGGCAAGCUGCCCCGCACCUGGAGCCAGAAGCUGGAGUCCUUCCUGCCCAGUUUGGUGCUGCGCUCAGUCCUGAAGCGUGCCCGCCCCAAGGGCUACCAGCUCCUCCUGCCCUCCGAAGCACUGCCACGCAUUCAGCGGUGAAAGCCCUCCAGAGCCCCGCCCCCUGGUGGAUGACAAGAACCCCCCUCCCUCCUAAAAAAAAAAAAAAGCCCUAAAAAUAAACGCAUGUCCUAGGUGGUAGGUGGCUGGGCCCCACAGCCAGAUCUCACGGUC